AUGAGCGUUAUUCUCUGCACAGCGGGGUAUGACCAUACCAUCCGCUUCUGGGAAGCGCUGUCCGGCAUUUGCUCGCGAACCAUUCAACACCCCGACUCCCAGGUCAACCGUCUCUGCAUUACUCCCGACAAACGCUUUCUCGCGGCUGCUGGCCACAAUAAUGUCAAGCUUUACGAUAUCAAGUCUACAAACCCCAACCCUGUGAUGACCUUCGAGGGCCACACCAACAACAUCACCGGUGUCGCGUUCCAUUGCGAAGGCAAGUGGAUGGUCACCAGCUCGGAAGAUGGCACUGUCAAGGUCUGGGAUACACGCACAGGUAGUUUGCAACGAAAUUACGUGCACCGGGCUCCCGUCAACGAUGUGGUCAUUCACCCGAACCAGGGCGAGCUCAUCAGUGGAGAUCAGGCUGGUAUGGUGCGCGUGUGGGAUCUUGGUGAGAGUGUCUGCACCCACCAGCUUAUUCCCGCCGAGGAUACAUCCGUUCUCAGCGUUAGCGUCGCUAGCGAUGGAUCUUUGCUUUGCGCGGGAAACAAAGUCGGAAACGUCUACAUCUGGCGAAUGGUUAUCACUGACGAGACCACGCGCAUAAUUCCUAUUUGCAGCUUUCAGGCCCACAGGGACUACCUAACUCGCGUUCUUCUGUCCCCCGACGUCAAACACCUAGCCACCUGCGCCGCAGACCACACCGCAAAGGUGUGGAAUCUGGACGCGGAUUACGUGCCAGCAAAGGUCGCCAUCAAAGAAUGGAGCGAGCGGCAGGCCCAGAAAGACCCCGACGAGAAUAGUGAAAGCAAUGGCGAUUCCGCCAAGAAUCAGAACAACGAACUGAUGCGCAUAUUCGGGGACUCGACCACAGACCGAGACCUUCUACGGAUCACCGAUAGCACUCCACGCGAAGAUACCUCGCAACAGACCUUUACUACCACCCCAGAUGGACCGCCCAUGGAUCCUACCAGCAACACUCUUUUCCUCGAAACCACCCUCGUCAACCACCAGCGCUGGGUGUGGGACUGCGCGUUCUCAGCCGACUCGGCCUAUUUGGUCACAGUGUCGAGCGAUCACUACGCGCGUCUGUGGGAACUAAGCACUGGUAACAUCAUCCGGCAAUACAGCGGACACCACCGCGGCGCUGUCUGCGUUGCUCUGAACGAUUACUCCGAACCCCGCUAG